GGUGGUUCAGAUUUCAGCGCUCCCGGCGCAACAGGUCGCACUUCAUUAUUCCGAGCAGGAAUACACACUCACACACACACACACCCACACACACACACUUUUCCGCAGCUACAUCCGACUGAUUGAUUUCAUUGUUCGAGACUUUUACUCUGAGAGGAAACAGCUGGGAAAGGAAAUGAAAGCGUGGAGGGUUCGGUUUCUGUACUUUCUGGUGUUGAAUGCAGCUGUGCAGUAUGUGACCUCUCUGGAAGAAGAGCUCUCCGAUUCUAUUUUUGGUAACUUCCUCGACCCUCUGAAGGACCUGUUUGACCAAAAUGACGACAGCAAUCAAACCGUGACUAAAUUCUCCCUCCGAAAACCAACCGUCCCCGAUGAUGACCUGUGCUACAUCGUUCCUGGAAAGCCUGAGUCCCUGGCAGCCUGCAGCUUCAACAGCACCUCCAAAACCUUCCUGGUGAUCCACGGAUGGACGUUGAGUGGGAUGUUUGAGAGCUGGGUGGAGAAGCUGGUGUCGGCGCUGUACGACAGAGAGCGGACGGCUAACGUCAUCGUGGUGGACUGGCUCGGCUCGGCUCAGAAUCACUACGUGGUCGCGGCGCAGAACACCAAGGCGGUCGGACACGAGAUCGCUUGCUUCAUCGACUGGAUGGAGGAAACCACCAACAUGCCUCUGGAGAACAUCCACCUGAUUGGCUACAGCCUCGGCGCUCAUGUGGCAGGAUUUGCUGGAAGCCACGCAAUGAAUAAAAUUGGAAGAAUAACUGGUCUGGACCCGGCUGGUCCUGACUUUGAGGGAGAGCACGCUCAAAGACGUCUGUCCCCUGACGAUGCUCACUUCGUGGACGUCCUGCACACCUUCACGCGGGGCUCUCUCGGUCUCAGCAUCGGGAUCCAGCAGCCCGUCGGACACGUGGAUAUUUACCCCAACGGAGGCAGCUUCCAGCCGGGAUGCAACCUCAGAGGGGCCCUGGAGAAGAUCGCUAACCUGGGCUUAUUUGCGAUCACAGACGCAGUGAGGUGUGAACACGAGCGCUCGGUGCACCUCUUCAUCGACUCUCUGCUGAACGAGCAGGAAGCGGCGAAGGCCUACAGAUGCGGAAGCCCCGACAUGUUCGACCGCGGCAUGUGCCUCAGCUGCCGCAAGAGCCGAUGCAACGCUGUGGGCUACGACAUCAGCAAGGUCCGCAAGGCGCGCAGCGUGCAGAUGUACACCAAGACACGAGCCUCCAUGCCUUUCAGAGUUUAUCACUACCAGCUGAAGAUCCACUUCUCCAGUAAGGUGAAUCGUUCGGAGAUGGAGCCGUCGCUCACUGUCUCGCUGUUUGGGACGAAAGGAGAGGCUGAAAACCUGGAACUUAAACUGAAGGAGAAAUUAGAGACGAAUACGACCCAUUCGUUCCUGCUGGUGACGGAGAAAGAUAUCGGAGAUCUGCUGAUGUUGAAGUUUAAAUGGGAGGAUACGAACGGCUGGUCGGCCUCCAACAUGCUGAACAUGGUUUCCUCCUGGUGGUCCGGGGACUCCGACAGCGACAACAUGGAGGUUCACAAGAUCCGCAUCCGAGCCGGAGAGACACAACAGAAGUUGGUGUUCUGUGUAAAAGACCCUGAGGCUACGAAAUUAACACAAGAGGUCACGUUUGUUAAAUGUAAGGAUGCAUGGAGAACGAACACGAAACGAGCUCCAAAAAGAAUAACUCUGGAGAAACACUGACGCCGCCGCAGAAUCCACAGUUGAACAAGCACUUAUUAUUUAUACACAUAUAACUUAUUUUUAUUCUCAAAUGGUACAAAGCUCUCACUUGUAUGUUUUCAAAAGUGUCAUUUGUUAUUUAAAAACGAUAUGUGUGUGAAUACUGUAAAAUAUUUUGUAUGGACUUAUUUUUAUGACAUGUAACUCCACUGUUGCACAAAAAAGUAAACGCCUUCGUCUUUGGUUUGACGAGAGCCUCGUAUACGGAGAGGUGUGACGGAAGGGUUUACUGUGAUAUUUCUGGAUGUCUAUUGUGUAAAAUACCUUGAGUUAAACAUCACGAUUAUAGUCUCCUCUCGAGGUUCUGCAGACUCUUCUCAUACCGAUGGGAAAAUAACCAGUAAGCUGCAGUCACAACAGUCACGAUUUGCUCUUUGCUCAAUCUCGAGGUUGGGAGAAGAGCCUAGCGGUAAUUUAAAGCUCAGUUUAGUUCCUAUUGUUACCUCUCUUGCUAACUUGUGCCGCCAAAUACAGCUGUUAUCUGAUUGGUUGCUCAUUGAGAAGUCAGUGGUAAACAAGGGCACAUUUUAAAUGAUUUUAACUUUGAGUACGACAAUUUCGUAGAAAAGUAACGUCAGCACAGAGGGCCGAUUAACCGUGUAUCGUGUGAAUGCAGCUUUAAGGCAGUGGUGGAGAAGUCCAUAGGGAUCUGGUUUGGUUGUGGUUUCAAGUCCCCGAAAGAUCAAGUGCUACCAAGUGUCCCUGAGCACGGCACCGUUCCCUACACUGCUCCCCGGGCGCCGUACAUAAUGGCAGCCCACUGCUCCUAACACUAGGAUGGGUCAAAUGCAGAAUGUACAUUUCCCCUUAAGACGAUUUAGGGUCUUCAGGAUGAAUUCCUCAAGGUGUUUUAUGCGAUAGGGUACAGUUGAUUUACCUUUAUGUAUUAUCUGACUAACAGAGCAUUCACCACUGUGGCUUACAGCGCUCUACGUGACUGUGGGUCGUGUAACAGUGUGCCUUACUGUCUCAAGAUGUUGUCUUGAGUUAGUUAUUGAUGUUCACCUCAGUGUGCUUUAUUGUUGUUAUCUGUGAACUUUUACUGAAACAUCUCAACAUUCAAAAGUUGUUUUGAACUCUUUUUGGUCACGGCUACACCUCUGCAAGACGUUACUUUGAAGAUGUUACCUCAGAGAAGCACCUGAUAUUGUGUCAUACUAAGGUUCAUUGGGUAUGAGAGGCUCAGAGAGAGUUGGAAAGCACAUUUAAUAUCAAUAUUGUCAUUUUGUUGUAUUUCGUUCGACUGCAGUUUCUCCUGUGCAUGUGACUUUUUAAAAAUCUUGACUGAAGCUCUUUUCAUUUCCUCUUUGUGAGCAAUAUCUAAACCUUGGCUCUUUGAGAUCGGUACUGUUAUCAUUGUGACUUUAUUUCCACCUUCUUUAAAAAUAUGGAAAUGUUCGUCUUUUGCACUGAAAACAGAGGAAGAUUGUUGUACAGUUAUGUAAAUACCAUAAUACAGAUGUUUAUAGUAUGAAACACUGGCAGUUAUAUAUUUGUAUCACUGGAUAAAUCUCAUAAUGUAAAAUGUGCAUUUCUAAAAUGUUUGUACAUAAUUGUAAAUAUACACUGUACUAUAUAAACUGUUUAAUAAACCCAAACUGCAACCUAA